UUAUUCUAUUCGAAUUUAUAUUAUUUUUGUAAUCAAUACGAUAUCCAAGGAUACGCUUUAUGUUUGAAACAUAACUUGCGGUUUAUAAUUGCGAUUUACAAUAUCACUCUAUAACCCAUACUCUGUAUGUACCUCGUACCUAUAAGAAGUUAAUUGAAUUUAACAGUUAUAAGUAUUCGUGUUAGCUUAUUACCAGCUAUUACAUAUUAGAAAAAUUCAUAGCGAUGGAUUUCGAACCUGCGGAAUUCAUACCUGUUUGGGAAGAAUCGUAAGUAGUGUUAUCGAUAUAAACUUUAUUGUGUCCGAGUCCGUUUAAAACUCCAAUCUGUUUAAACGCAUACACCGCACUGUUUAUUAUUUAAUUCAUUAACUAUAAUACGUAGAGCAUUUUUUUGGGGAUGUAACGAAGAUUUAAAAUUUAAAAUUCUAUUUCAGCCCAGAAGUAUAUUACGACCCGGUGAUACUAGAACAGGAAUUAGAUCAAUUAAAAAAGGAAUAUUCCGAGAUAAAGUAUCGGUGCUCGGAACUUGAAGAAGAAAAUACACUAUUAAGAACAGAUAUAAAAACAAAAGAAAAAGAAAAAACAGACCUACAUCAUUUAUAUAAAGAAAAUUCUAUCAAAUUACCAAAUAUUCAAGCAAAAGUCGUGGAAUUAAAUAAGGAAAUCAACAAGCUUACCACUGAUAAAAAAAAUUUGUUAAUGGCCAACGGAAAUUCGAAAGAAAAACGUGAAGAAUUAGAAAAAAAAUAUAAAGAAGUUACGGAGAGUAAUAAAGCUUUAAUGAUAACGAACAGGAAGCUUGAAAAAAUUAAUGCGAAGUGUAAACUAGAAAAAGAACAAGAAAUCAAGGAAAAACUUCGGACGAAAGCAGAAAAUGACAAAACAAAAACAAUGAUUGAAGAACUUGAAAUUGAGAAUAAGGCACUGAAAACACAGAUUAGUAACCAUGCAGAUGAAUUACGUUGCAAAGAAAUGCAAAUUACAGGAUUGGCAAGGGCCAAUAAAAUUCUUGAGACUAAGGUUGAGAAUGCAUUGAAAAAAUUAACAGAUUCUGAAAAACGUGUAACAGUUCUGGAAAAAAAAAUAAAAACUAUGCAUAAGGAAUGUUCAGAGUCAAUACUUCGAUAUUCGAGUCUGCUUAAACAAAACAAUAGCUUACAAAAAAAAUUGGACGAAUCAAAUGAAUUAUUGAUAACGGUCGAUAAAUUUAAAGAAAAUGAACGUGGAUUAUACAAACAAAUGAACACGUUUAAACGAAUAAUAUUAGCAGAGCAAUUAGAGAAUAAGAAAUUAAUCGAAAUCGCUCAUCAAUUGGAGAAACAAAAAACAAGAUUUAUAUACACAGGAGAAGACAUAACGAUAAUAAAGCGCAAAUUAGAAGAAUGUAUGAAACUAAAUCUUGAUCUGUCGAAGAAAUUCAGUAACCUCGACUGUCCUUUCUAUCAGUCAAAAUAUGGUAAAAUUGAAGACAAGGAACCAGCAAUAAAAUGCGGUUCAAUAAAAGAAAGACAUUACGAAAAUAAAAUAUUUGCUCUGGAACAAGUGAUCAAAAGAUUACAUUUAAAAUAUGACAGCCAAGAGAAAAAACAGAUUCAAUAUCGAGGCGUAGUGAUUAAAAGCUUGUAUGAUGUAAAAAGAGCAGUAGAUAGAGAAAAAGCUACAAGAGCCUUGCUCGAAAAACAAAAAUAUAAUAUAAUCUAUGAUAAAUUAGAAGUCUUAGGUAAAGAUUCAAAGAUUAAAAAACUACAGAUUCAAAAGGAAGAUUAUGAUCAUAAAUGUAAAUUACUAAAUAGACAAUCAACGUUGCUUUGCAGACGAGUAAGAAAUGAUUUUAAGAGAAUGGAGUCCAUGAAAAAAAACAUCUGGAGAGCAAAUAAAGUUUUUGAAGGCGUGGAACAAAAAAAUGAUGAAUUACGAAAUAAGACUGAACAGGCUGAGAAAUUAGAGGAAUCUAUGAAAACGCAAUUAGAAUUUAAUAUCAAAUGCCAAAAACGUCAACAAUUAGAAGCAAACCAAAUGAAAGCUACUAUUGAAGAGUUUGAGAAAAAAAUCCAUAAAAUGCAAGAAGAGUUGAAUAAUACUAAACAAAAAAACAAUGAAUUGACAAACGCAGUUGCACGAUUUCAGACGUCAAGCGAAUUUGAUAAGAAAAUUCAAUCGAAAAAUAUUAACGAAGCAAAAAUUGAAAUUGGAAAAUUGGCAGUUGAAAAUAAAAAAUUAACAUUUGAAAACAAAUGUCUUUCGAAGUUGAAGGACGAAAAUAAAUUAUUACAAUCCAGAUUAAUGACUGGAGAACGGAAUUUGUUAUACCUUCAAACAAAAUUAGAUAAAUUAUACAACGAGAAACAACGCCAGAUAAAUGCAUCGAGAAUACCCAAAUUGUAGUUGCAAAGAAGAUGAAAGUCCUUUUUCCAGUGUUGUUCAAGCACAAAAUGUCCAUGGUUUUAGAUUAUACAUUACUUAUUGU